AUGUCGCAUCUCCCCAAAAUUGAAGUCGAUAUCCCAUACGACGACGAAUCCACCGUCGACCGGUCGAUUGAUGAAUUGCAAGCGCGAGGAGCGUCCAAAUAUCGUACCAGAAUAGUGUUUGGGUCGCAAAACGAGUUUGUUAUUCAACUCGCACGUGUGCUUUCAACCUACAAAUCGUUGGACCCCACCGACGUUGAUCGGCUCGCGGGGUCCAAACAUGUCUGCUGCAACAUCAAGGGGCUUACACGCCAAGACCAGGUCGACGCGUACCUGCAGUUUGUCGGGGAAUCGGAACAACCACAGUUUGCCAUGGAACACGUAAAUAUCCGAGAAGGUCCAGCAGGUACCGGUAAAUCGUACACGGCCGUGUUGGGGGAUGUCGGUGUCAUGCGCGAGUUGCACGGAUCAUUUUUGACCACCAAUACGAACGCUUUGGUCAUUACACACAAAUCCAAGAUAUUCCAUCACGGUGGCGUGACGGACGGUAAUCCGACCAUCAGUCCCAGUACUCUCACCAGCGAGUACGCGGCCUAG